AUGAAAUAAAAUAAUUAUAAAACAUCUUAAGUCGAUCUUUCUAGUAUUGCUGAAUAAUCAAAUACUCAAUCAGAUGUAGAAUUAGAGCAGAUAGACAUGGCUAAAAUGAAUUGUUAUGAUUAUUAUACAGCUAUGGAUCCUUUAUCCACUCAAGUCUUCUAAAUUGAAGGGGAGCUUCAUUUUAAAGAGAUUUUUAAUCGUUUGUUGAAGAAUGUCGUCAAAAAAGCAUAAGAAAAUGAAAUUUUAAGAAAGUUGCCUAAUGUCUCUGCUUCUAAUUCAUUAAAUCUUUUGGUAAUGCCUUUAGUAUAGGUAUUCUAUAAACCUGAAAAUCCUAUUAGAGAUAUUCAAAGUGGUGGGUUAGGUGAGGACUUUGAACCUGUACAUAAUUUAAUUAUUUUAAGUUACACAUUUAGCAUGAAUAAUGGCUGACAUCUAAAAUUAAUAUCGAAAUAAAACCUGAAAAUAGGCCUAACACUUGUUAAACAUCUAGUCCUAUGAUAUUUGCAAAAUCUAAAAUUUAUGUAUUUCAAUCAUUAAAUUUAGGAUUAAACAUAAUCUAUUAAAGAAAAGAAAUAAUUAGAUCCUAUGCCUAUAGAUUUAGUUGAUCCAUUAGAUAUCAGUAUCACAGAAGAAUAAUUAAGAAAUGAAAAAGAAAAGUAAAUAAAGGAAAAAUUAGAAUUAAAUGAAGCAGAAAAAAGAAGAAAACUUAAAGAAGAAAAAGAAGAAUAAUUAAAAUAUGAAUUGAUGGCAAAAGAUAAAAAAUCUAAAUAAUAUACAUAUGAUUAUGAUGGCAAAUUGAUAUCUGUUAAUCCAGCUAAAGGAAUUAAAUUGCCACCUCCUGCUUCAACUUUGGCGUACAAUUCAAUAUUUUUUAAGAUCCAAAUUUGAAGAAGAUCAAGCUGCCAAAAUAAAUCCAAAAAAAAAAUAUAAUAAAGUUCCUUGGAAUAUUAAAAGAAAUGAUGACGAGAAGGAUAAGGAAAAGGAUACAUUAAAAUUUAAUUAAAUAGCUCCUUUAGUUGUAGAGAAUAUGCAUUUAUAACCAGGAAUUGUAGUUAUUCAUGAAGGUAGAAUCAAAGAGGGUAACAGACCGAAUACUGUAGAUUUAUAAAAUAUGACAAAUCCUGCAUUAAGAAUGGCAAGGAAUGAAUAUCUUAGUUUAACUUAAUAAAUGAAUUCCACAAUUAAUCAUAAUGUCUAAAUUAAAGCAGAAGAUAAACCAAUAAAAGAAAUUGAUAAAGGCAAAGGAUUCAAUUAUGAUAGAUUCAAGAGACUGACCCAGUAAUCAAACAUUUAAUUGGGAGUUAUAAAGUAAUCUUAAUUAAUGAGCAAAUAGAAUCAACUCAACUAAAAUAUUUGAACAAUUAGCACAAGCCUUUUUUGAAGAGCCUGAAGAAUUCCCAAAAAUUAUUCAUUAACAAACAUCUAAAAGCUCUUAAGAAAACACUUUAAAAGGAAUUAAAAAUCCAGUUGAUUAAUUUAAUUUAUCCUUACAUAAAAAUACUCUUGUGAGCCGAGACCAACAAUAUGAAAUUGGAAUCAACUAUGAAAAAUUGAAAACUCAUAAAGCUACUUCAAGGUAAUGGUUAAAAUCAUUUUAGAGAUUUAAAAUCUUCUAUAGGUUCCAAAACCAAUAGGCCAAGAGAAAGAAAAAUGUAAUCAGAAUAAACCACUCUACCUACAGUGAGGAGCCAAAGAACCUUUUAAUUAUGA